AAAGAGCAGCCCACUGGCGGAGCAGCAGCAGCAGCAGCAGGAGGAGGAGGGCUCUGUAUGGAAGUGAACCUCGCCAGUGGUCUCAGAAGUGUAGCUCACUCGCCGCCUCAACUAAUCGUCGGCGACGCGGCGCUUGAGCGGCCAUUCUGGCGCAGACAACUUUGCGCCCCAUUUUCCCCCUGCGCAACUCAUCCACGUCUGACUGGUGCGCGCUGGGAAUACAUCCGCAGUCUCUUCCGCGUAUUGGAUUUCCAUGCAAAGACAAGCUCGCCAGUGUGCCUCGCAGCUUUUUGCAGGGACUUUUGCAACCUUUUAUUUCGUCCUCGCGCGUGGGAUUUAGGCGUCGACUCGGUUCGCUUCGGCCGCGCUCCACUUUUAGAUGAGCCCCAAGCAGAGCUGUGCAUCGACUGGAUGCACGAUGCGUUUUAUUUAAGAGCCAAAUCCGAGAGUACAAAGUGCCAAAUUAAGCCCAGAUGGCGAACGAGCGAAAUCGCACCAUUGUGGAGAAUUAUAUCUGCCAUAAACUCUCCAAACGCGGCUACGCGUGGGGGUUCGGUGCCGCUCCGGACCAGGGAGAGGAGGACGAUGCCGCCGCUGCUAAUAACGGCUUAUUGGUUGCCCCCUCGCCGACUUUGAUGCUCCGGUGCCGCGAAGCCAGCUCCGGGCCCGAGCGCGACUGCGCCCCCAAGAGAAGCCACGGUUCCGACCCGCUCACCGAUAUCCACCGGGUCCUGCGUGAGGCCGGCGACGAACUCGAGAGACUUUACCAGCCGGAUUUCACUGAGAUGUCCCGACAGCUGUACCUCUCGUCCACUACAGCUCAGCGGCGAUUCGCCGAGGUGAUCGACGAACUGUUCCGGGACGGCGUCAACUGGGGCCGGAUCAUCGCCUUCUUCGAGUUCGGCGGCACCGUGUGCGUGGAGUGCGCCACUAAGGAGGACAUGACGUCGCAAGUGGACAACAUAGCCGAGUGGAUGACUGAGUACUUAAACGGACCCCUCGGCAGCUGGAUCCAAGACAACGGGGGCUGGGAUGCUUUUGUGGAGCUCUACGACCGUCAGAGGGACUCUGUCUUCAGCUGCACGUGGCCGUCCAUCAAGACAGUCUUCGGCCUGGCCGCGCUCGGGGCGGCCAGCCUCACCAUCGGCGCGUACCUCACCCAGAAGUGAGCCGCCUUUCCAGCCACUCCUUUUUGUCCUUCUCACACACACACACAGACACGCACACACACACCAUCCCCACCAUUCCCUCCAAUAAAGACACACUACAUGAUGGAGGCAUGCACAUUAUCAUGCUGCCAACAACGACGACAAUGGAAGAUACUUCUUUUUUUUUUUUUGGUGUUCAUAACCUCGCCUUCUUCUCUACUAGUAGUAGCAUGAACCUUGCGUUAGCUUAGACAGUAGUUGCAUGCGUCAUUUGGGGAGAUGAGACAAUGGGGACGAACAAUUACGGUGCCCCUGCUUGUUAGGGUGGAGGACUCCGUUUGAACCAUGGACUCCGGUUACUCCCUUAGACCCCCCCCCCCCACCCCCUCCCUUGUCAGCCAGUCAUCAAAGGACUUCCUGUGAAGAACAGCUGCUCGGAAUGUAUAAUGAACCAGCGUGGUAAGUGUGUACUGUGUGUGAUAGUGUACACUGUUGGACACAAGAAUUGGGACAACGACAGCAAGCCCGCAAUAAAGCGGAACGCCUGUGAUUCAACACAAUGCAGUUUUCUCCAGUGGAAAUCGAGAAAAUAUAAUUUACAUGCUCCAGACCAGCCCUGCAAUAAAUUAUAUUAGUAAAAUAGAAAAUACCGUAAUUUAUACAGCCUAGAAAUGUUUUUCCAAGCCAACAAACUUAUCUCCCUCGAGUUUUUCCAAUAAGAAGUGCCAUGCUAUAUUUAAAUACUGAGGGGCGAAUGGGCUACAAUUCUUCAGAUGCGUGUCGUCGUAGGACAAACAAAUGUGUGAUAGUACUGUAUGUCUAGAAAUGGUUUAUUGUUCCCAAAAAGAACACAAAUUCCAAAUAUAGGAGUUCAACGUAAAUCAAUUCAAUUUUCCACGCUUUUCCAAAUCAAAAUACAAACUUGUACUCGGUCAACAAACGACACACCUCUGCCAAUUCACACCCUAGGCCUCGACACUCCUAACCCUUCAAUGGGACAUGCGCCACCAUGAGUUAGAAUCAAAUAAUUACAUGUCCCAAAAAUAUUUUGUAAUAUGCUGCAAACAUUAUUUCAGAAUACUGUAUACAUUAUGUCCAAAGAGGUACAUUAUACAAUGAACCGAGAUGAGUCGCAUUCUGUAGGAGUAAAAAUCAGGAUUGAUGAGGAUUUGACAUGAAUGAUGUUCAGCAAAAACUAGGCUGGUUGCAAAAUAGAGGUUGAGAGUGGAAUUACAGCCAAAAUAAACAGGAGGAAAAGCUAAAUCAUUACGAACUAUUAAAAAAAAAAAACAACGAUGGAAGGGGCGAAGCGAUUGCUGAAAUUCAAUUCAAACCUCAUCCUAUAAAGUUACACCAGUGGUCGCAUUUUUUUCUCGCGGACCAAGUUGAGAUAUGCGCGAGGGUCAAUCAGCUGGUGUGCAGUUGUGAGUCACCAACUGUAUUCACCAAUCUCCAGUUCAUUGGUGUUUGGCUGUGCUGCUCGGUCUGUGCCUCGCUUUGUGCACUGGGAACAUAAACGGGCCUUCGCAAAACCAUUCAUGCAAAAUUGGACACACAGAAUGGUUUGAAAUGGGUCAACUAAACGGUUCCGGCUCAGUCACAGAUGAAGAUGUGUGUCCCAAUACUUGUGUCCAUAUCGUGGGUUUUCAAAAGUUCUGCGGAUGGGAUUUUUAGCUCCAAAACGCUCAAGCACAGACAAGUGAACGUUUGGAGGACACAAAGCCGAAGAUGUCUGACGGAGAAAGGAAGGAUGGAAAAAGCAUGUUGAAUCGAGCACAAAAGGAGUGACGCGGAUGGAGCAAUUUAGCGUCUCAUGGAAGGGGAUUAGCAAAGAAGCUUUGCUGGUGUAAAAGAAUCAUCCGGAGAAGUCGUGACCCAACUUAGACAACCUUAUUUGGAGUUGUUGGGUUUUUUUUUUUGGUGGCUUUGCGACUCUGUAGCAGUUAUACACAUAAACGUGCGUGCUGGCUGCUGAGCUACCUAAAGCAGGGUACACAAUUUUUUUUUUUUGUGUGGUCUUAGUGUUGCUCACACACGAAAGGAUAUGCGAUCGUAAAUAUUGAACGGGUUCAACAUUUACGAUUGUAUAAGAUAAUCGGGCUUCAUGCUCAAAUUCAAGCUGCAUGUUUGUACCCUGCUGCAAGUAGUGUUGCGGUGGCCUCACACAAGGAUUUGGAAAAUCACAGUAGCCGAUCCCCCUCCCCCCAAACAACAUUUUAGAUAUAAAAAAAAAAAAAACAGUUCCUAUGUGCUGGAACCUAAGAAGUCCCUCCCCUCACUGAACAGCUCCUGUUUUAUCGAUGUUUGUCUUGUGUUUCAGUCUAACAGGAAAACUGGAAGUGAUCCAUGAUUUGUGUGUGUGCGCGUGUUUUUUUUGUAAGACUUUGCAUGAGUGAAAGAAACUGAUGUCUUGAUAUUUAUACAUCAGAAUUGCAUAGAAGAGGACAAAACCAACAACAUUGUCUAUUUAUUGAGAGGUACCGGAUUUUUAACACUAAUGUCAGUGAUUUGCUUUCUUUCUUUCUACGGAAUAACACUGUAACAACAUUAUUUUCUGGCUGCUAUUGUUAACAACACAAUAUAUAUAUAUUUUUUUGGAAAGUGAUUUGCAAAGUGUCCACAUUGGCUUGAGGCUGCUACACGGUUAAUUUCACGUCGACAUAUCCAGCUUAAAUCUGCCACCGUUUCGUCCUAGAUAGCUGCAAACCAAAGUGAACUCGUAUUCAUGUUUCAUUUCAGUCGGCACCAGUUAAAGGAAAAAAGACGUGGCUUCACAUCGUCUAUGUUAACGAUCCUAUAAUCCGCUUUAUGCUGUAAAUGGUUCAUUUAUGUCCACGGGCAUCAUGUCCUGCUGUGUGUGCGCGUGCGUGUUUGUGCGUAGGGUCGUCGCGGCCCGCAAUGCAAAAAGCAGCCACAGCUCUGACAGCAAUACAACUGUAUUUUUUUUUUUUGAUUGUUGCAAUGUAUUCCUUGUGCAUAUAAGAAUGUAGGCACUAUGGUUGCUGUAUUGUUUUACACCUGUAUUCACAAACCUGUAGCACUUAAAGAGAAAAAAAAGAAUGAAAAAAAGAGAGUGAAUCGUGUUUUCUGUUGUUUACUGCUAUAAUCCACAAUAAGCUAGGGGAUCCCAUCGUUCCUAAUAAAGACACAUUUGUUGAGUAGCCGCCAA